CUCAGCCUACAGCUCCAGCGGACUGACAACGGUGGGGGGAUUUGGUUAGAAGAAAAGAAACGGACAAUACAGAAGCCACAAAAAUGGCAGAGCUUGGAGCGGGAAGCCUGCCGUUAGGAGGGGAUCCUGCUUUUAACUACCAGGAACAUGAGUUGAACGAGCGGCUGAAACGGCUGUACCCGGCUGUAAACGAGGAGGAGACCCCUUUACCCCGAUCCUGGAGCCCCAAGGAUAAAUACAGCUACAUCGGGCUGUCACAGAACAACCUGCGGGUGCAUUACAAAGGCCACGGCAAGAACCACAAGGACGCAGCAUCAGUACGAGCCACACACCCAAUUCCCGCCGCCUGUGGGAUCUACUACUUUGAAGUCAAGAUUGUCAGCAAAGGGCGAGAUGGGUACAUGGGUAUCGGCUUGUCUGCGCAAGGAGUCAACAUGAACAGACUUCCUGGAUGGGACAAGCACUCGUACGGUUACCACGGAGAUGACGGACACUCCUUCUGUUCCUCCGGGACCGGCCAACCGUACGGCCCGACGUUCACCACGGGGGACGUGAUUGGCUGCUGUGUCAACCUCAUCAACAACACUUGCUUUUACACCAAAAAUGGCAUCAGUUUAGGUGUAGCCUUCACAGACCUCCCUCCCAACCUGUACCCCACUGUGGGGCUUCAGACUCCUGGUGAGAUCGUAGACGCAAACUUCGGCCAGCAGCCGUUCGUCUUUGACAUCGAGGACUACAUGAGCGAAUGGCGAGCCAAGAUCCACGGCAUGAUCGCUCGCUUCCCUAUAGGAGAGAGGCUCGGGGAGUGGCAAGCCGUCCUGCAAAAUAUGGUGUCCAGCUAUCUGGUGCACCACGGGUACUGUGCCACCGCAACAGCCUUCGCCAGAGCCACAGAGACCAUGAUACAAGAGGACCAGACAUCUAUAAAGAACAGACAGAGAAUACAGAAGCUGGUGCUGGCAGGACGGGUGGGUGAAGCCAUAGAAGCCACUCAGCAACUUUAUCCCGGCCUGUUAGAACACAACCCCAACCUACUAUUCAUGUUGAAGUGUCGUCAGUUCGUGGAGAUGGUGAACGGUACAGACAGUGAGGUUCGCUGCUUGACCAUCCGCUCCCCGAAAUCCCAGGACAGUUACCCUGGCUCCCCCAGCCUCAGCCCUCGCCACGGAGCCGGCAACACACACCUGCACACUGGAGGAGCAGACAGCCCCACCUGCAGUAACGGGGUGACUCCCCCCAACAAGUCAAAGAGCCAUGGCAGCGCUGGCGGCGGCGGCGGCGGCAGCGUCAAAUACCCCAGCGCCUCCUCCUCCGCCUCCUCCUCCACUUCCUCCUCCCCUUCCUCCGUUAACUACUCCGAGUCCAACUCCUCUGAUUCCACCAAGAGCCAGCCACACAGCGCCAACAGCACCCAGGAAACCAGUGACAGUGAGAUGGACAUAGAAACAGAGCACUAUACCAACGGGGUUGUUGAGAGCUCCUCAGCACGCAUCAUGAAUGGCACAUACAAACAUGAAGAGAUCCUCCAGCCAGACGACAACAGCAUUGGCAACGGUGUCACAGCAGACGAAGGUUACAACAACAGUAGACAGCUUUGUGGAGGCAACCAGGCAGCCACGGAGAGGAUGAUCCAGUUUGGACGGGAGCUGCAGGCGCUCAACGAACAACUGUGCCGCGAGUACGGCAAGAAUGCCACGCACAAGAAGAUGUUACAGGAUGCAUUCAGCCUGCUAGCGUACUCAGACCCGUGGAACUGCCCCGUGGGCCAGCAGUUAGACCCCACGCAGAGAGAAUCGCUCUGCUCCGCACUCAACAGCGCCAUAUUGGAGUCCCAAAAUCUGCCCAAGCAGCCUCCUCUGAUGUUAGCGCUGGGCCAGGCCACAGAGUGUGUUCAGCUCAUGGCUCGAGUCCGAUCUGGUUCCUGCUCCUUUGCCAGAGUAGACAACUUUUUGCACUAGCACAGGUCCAGGUUUUAUGUUAAGUAGCACUGAGAGAAGGCAUGUCCAGCAGGUAGUUGUCAAGGCGACGGAGGAAAGAGCAUGCGUGUGAUUGGUGUGUUUGGCUGUCCGUCAGACCGAGCCAGCGGCACAAACAGAGGAGAGCGGAGGAGAGCAGAGAAGAAAGCUUCCUUUUAAUUUAGUAUUAUCAAAUAAAGAAAUGUGUGACACUAUUUAAAGAUAAUUAAUUAUUAUUCUGUUUAUCUAGCCUUUUUUUUUAGUUCUUUUUUUUUUUUUGUCAGUUUGUUGUGCUCAUCCAGGACAAAAAAAACUUUUGUAAUUCCCCCUUUUAUUUUCUCUUUUUGUUUUUCAUGGGUUGGAUUUUGAUUCCUUAAGUUCAGUAUUUUAUUUUAUUUUUCACAUGUUGUUGUCAUUGUUCACCAUAUCACAGACCGCAUUACCCACAGCUGGUUACCACGGUGACCCCCCCCCCCCCCACACACACACACACACAACUGUAGGUCACUUUAAAAACACUUGAAGUUUAUUAUUAUAUCAUUUAAUAAGUUACAGACAGACUUAUAACUGCACCUAUUAAUGACUGUCUGCUAAGAGACAUUAAAACAUUAAUGUGCUCAUGCUGUCAGUUCAGGGUUGCUGCUUCACUAUUAUUUCAGGAUACUACUCUUUGAUUGUCUAUCAGCUGCUGUCAGACUUCAAGCUCUAGCGAGGACAGUGCCAUCGAAUCCCUGUCAAAGUCACUCUGGUGUGGAGGUGGGGCAUAUGUGCUGAUGGGGGCUUGGUGUGGUGUUUCCUUUUGAAAUAAAGAGAUAAUAACACUUCUCAUAGUGGAGAGCAGAUUUGUCACUGUGGUCAAGGCUGAUGCAGUAAAUACCAAAAUAUAUUCCACAAAGAUGAGAAUUUAAAAAAGUAGUGGCUGUAUUGCCAAAACCUUCCUAAAUGAUGAUUAUGUUUCAAACAGAAAACACUGCUAUUGCCUAAAUUGAUGACGAGGGAUUCAAUUGGAGUAUUUCAAGUGUUAGAGCUUUAUUUCUUACAGUGCAGGACCGAACCUAACACUGUUAUCAUGGUCACCUUAAUGCCAGCAGAGAAAAUCAGUAUUAAAGGCUGACUAACGUGUGUGUGUGUGUGUGUGUGUGUGUGUGUGUGUGUGUGUGUGUGUGUGUGUGUGUGUGUGUGUGUGUGUGUGUGUGUGUGUGUGUGUGUGUGUGUGUGUGUGUGUGUGUGUGUGUGUGUGUGUGUGUGUGUGUGUGUGUGUGUGUGUGUGUGUGUGUGUGUGUGUGUAAAAGUCAAGUUACCCCUGGGGAUUUCAUUACGGCAGUCUUUUCUUCUUUUUUUUUACAUCAUGUGUUGUCAGAAUGUCAAAUACACAGGUAAAAAACAAUUUGCCAAACAGGAACAUUUUUAAUUUGAGGAUGCCCUUUAUGAUAAUUAAGUAACACUGUUUUUUUCUUUUCUUUUCCAUUUUGGGCAACUGAUUUCAAAACACCCGAGGGUUAUGAAAACUAGUUCUGUGUGUUGAUUUAUGUUCUCUCCUCUCACAUAAACCCCUCCAUCCAUAACACCCACAAGUUUGUUCAUAGAGACCAAAACAAUAAGAUAGAAAAAAAAUGAAUCUCUUUAUCUCUUUGCUGCAGUUCAGGUGUUCAGAUCACUUGUAAUAAAACUACCAAGCACCACUUCCAGCCCCCAACAGCAUUAAAAUGAACCACUGCUCGCUGUCAGCUGCUUUGUAUGGAGUCCCAAACAUGCCGUGCUACAUUAAAAACUAAAACAUGAUGAUACACGUAAUCAGAGUAAAAUAUAUAAUUGAAGCAAAAGCUUGUGAAAUAAGGUAAUAAAUUAUUAUUGAAACUAAAAUGUUUUUGAAUGAAAAUGUUAUUUUUUUAUCAUUAUUAUAGAGUUUUGCAGUUUGUCAUUAUUUUAUUAUAAAAAAAAAACAAAAUAAGGCAAAAUUUCCAUUUGUUUUUUUUAAAGCCCGUUUUUUAUUUCGUGAUGUCACUUUUCGUGCCAGUAGAGCCAUCAGCUCUCUCACCUUUGAGUCAGUCACAUGCCUCUAGCCUAUGCACAGAACUGAACUUUUUUAAAUUUGUCUUCAUAGAUAAGGAAAAUGAAAUGUGUCUACACAUGCUACCAAACCAGCUAAUGAGAGAUGUUGGCUUGUAACUAGCUAACUGAGUGAUAGUGACAAUGUGUCUCACUGAAAGUCACACGACUCUCUGAAGAGCUGUAAAACAAGAGUCCUUCUCUUUGGUUGCUCAAUAGAAGCUAGCUAGAUGGCAGUUGUUUCUGGAAGGUAGGGGGCAUGUGAUUGGUUCAAGUUGAGGAGGUGGGAGUUGGUGACAACUCUGCUGUGGUGCCGUCAUGAAAUAAAAUCCAAUAAAACUGUUGAUAUAAAAAUAAGAUGAUGAAAUAACAUUUCAUAAUGAUGGUUCUUUUCUAUAUUUUACACAAAUCUAUUCAUAAGAGUAUUUGUUUUAUAAUUAAUUUAUUCUUUUUUUUUUAAAUUCUGCACUAUUUGGGCCUCCAUACCUUUGCUCCUCUUCCAGAAGUUCAGAUUUUGACGUUUUAAUUCCAACAACUUGAUAUCUGUAUAUUUGACAACUUCAUCUUUCAUCUUAUUUUGGGAACUCCUCUUUGUGUAUAUAAAAAGAUGGUUGUUCAAGGCAAAAUGACUGUAACCCCAUUACCAUGUGUAUCAUUCAUCGGAUUUUGAUAACAAACAGGAUUUUGGUUCAUCCCUUAGCUUGAUAUAAACCAUCAUUUUGUCUUCUCUUCUAACAAAUGUUGUCUGACUAGUGGCAAGCUGUCACUCUAGCUGCUUUGCUGUGACCUGGCAGAUGGCUCAUGGAUCCACCCUGAAGUGUAUAUUUCCAUUCAUAAGAGAAUUUCAGUCUAUGGUAGAGAAACCAUUGAAUAACAUAAUACUGGAGAUGUGUGUAUGCAGUGUGGGGUUUACUACAGGGUAUGUGGUCACACUUUUUACCAAGCUGUUUUUUUUUAAAUAAACACACACUUCUGCUAUAAUAGGAACUAUUCUAAUAACUACAAACACACAUGCAGUACACACAUGACAUCUGCUUCUGCAGCUGUAAAGGACUUCUGUUACACAAACACUUGUAAGUGAAAGAAUAACCUCUGUUGCAUACCUGUAGGGAACCAGUCUCCCAGCUGUCUUUUGUGUUGGAGCCUGGGCUGCGUCCCAGCUCUUUUACCACGCACCCUUCCUCUAAUCCCUGCGUAGACAUAGCCACUGAUCUGAUCAGUGAUUGUUUAAGGAAGCGAGGGAUGUGAACAGUUUUGGAAAAAAUUCCCCCCCCCCCUCCCCCGAGGCUUUUGAAGCCACAAAGACUUCUUCUGGAGAGGCCGGAGAGAAAUGGAUAUAGGCAUUGCAGACAAGCUGUGCACAAUUGACUUCUAUCAUGAAUUUAAUUUCAUAUUUUGACUUUUGAGUUUUAGCCAAUGAAGAAAAGAGAAAAAAAGAAGAAAAAAAAGAAAAA